AUGGAUAACUUUGAUGAAAUCGAAAGAGGUUACAAAGAAAUAGAAGAUGAAAUAAUAAAAACGAUUGAGGAUUUAUGCGGUGGUAAUUACUUAAAGAUUAAGGAUGAGAUAAUUAUGCCACAUAUGAGCGAUGAGUUGAUUAAUAAGAUAAAAAUAUUGAAUAAGCAUAUAAAUGAUAAGAGUAACGAAGAAUUAUUUGAGAAAAGGGUUACGAAUGAGAAGGUGAUGCAAAUAAAUGACAAGUUGAUAUAUUUAUUAUGUGAUUAUUAUAUUAAUAAGAAAGAGAUUGAUAAAUUGAUUGAGUUUACUACAAGUAAUGAGAAUUAUUUUAAUAUAUUACCACAAGCAAAAACGGCUAAAUUGAUUAGGAAUAUUGUUGAGAAGAUAUCUAAAAAGAUACGUAAUAUUAGUAUAUUAUAUAUAAUUUUUAAGAAGUAUAUGAAUUGGGCUUAUGAGAAGAAAAGAAAUUUUUUAAGAUGUAGAAUAGAAGUAAAAAUAAUAAUAUUAUAUAUAAUAAAACAGAAAUAUAAAACGGCUUUAAGUUUGAUUGAUAGAUUAUUAAAAGAAGUAAAGAAAGUUGAUGAUAAAACUUUAUUGUUAGAAUUAUAUAUAGUUCAAACAAAAAUAUAUAUGUUAUUAAAGAAUUCAACAAAAAUGAAGGCAUCCUUAACAUUUGCCAAAAAUAUAGCGAAUACAAUAAACACGGCUAUAUAUAUAAAUAGUGAAAUAGAUUUAUUAUCAGGUAUUUUAUUUAUAUAUGAGAAAGAUUAUAAGAGUGCUUAUAUAUAUUUAUAUGAAUGUUAUGAAACAUUAUAUACAUAUAUAUAUAAUAGUCAUAAUAAUACAAUGGAUUUCUUAAGUAAGAAACAUAAUGAUUUUUAUUCUAUAAUAAUACAUAAUAUUAUUAAUACAAGUACCAUAUCUUCUCAAAAUAAAACAAAAAGUAUAAGUCAAAUAAGUCCCUUCUUAUUAUCAUUUUAUACUUUUUAUGAAUAUUAUGAUACGAACAAUAGUAUAUUAUCUUUGGAUGAAAUGAAUAUUAUUUCAAAUAAUGUAAAUUUAAUAUAUAGUGAUGUGAUCUGUAAAAUAUCAUCAUCUUAUGAAGAAUUAGAACAAGAUAAAAUGUAUUGCGUAACAAAUCCGAUAGAACCAAAUUAUGAAUUAAUACAAAAAUUGAGUAUAGACAAUUAUGGAAAUUUAAUAGAAGCAAAGCUGGAUACAAAAGCAAGUACGUUAAAUAGAGAAAAUGAAAACAUUGAUCUAAAAAAUGAUAAUAAUAAAAAUAAAAAUAAUAACAACAACAACAGUAAUAAUAACAACAACAAUAAUAAUAAUAAUAAUAAUAGUAGUAGUAGUAGUAAUACUUUUUGUAGUUCUUUUUUUAUUUUGCCACAUAAUAAUAAUGCCAAAGUUGUAGGCAAUUUUGGUCUUAACCUAAAUAUUGAAAAUGUGAAAAUUAUCAUACCCUUAAAAUAUAUGCUCUUAUGUAAAGUAUUAGAAGAAAAUAAUAGAAAAGAAAUAAAUAAUAUAUUGUGUGAAAAUAAUAAACUAAAUUAUGUAUCUCAUAAAGAAAUACAAAUUUUAUUAGAUAUAUCAAAAUCAUAUGAAAAUAGAUCAUUAGAUAUAUUUGAGAAAAUAAUAAAAAAUAGCUUAUUCAUUAUUAAUAUAGAUAAAGUAAUUUAUAAUUAUCUAAAAGAAUUAUAUGAACUUUUAUUAGAAAAAAAUAUAUUAAAAAUUAUUGAGGCUUAUAGUUGUAUUGAUUUACAUUAUAUAGGACAAAAAUUGAAUUUGGAUAUUAAUAAAAUUAUUUCAAAAUUAUCAGAAAUGAUUUUAGAUAAAAAGCUAAAUGGUACUCUUGAUCAAAAUGUUGGAAUAUUAAUUUUAUAUGACGAUAUGCCAGAAACAAAGAUGUAUCAAAAUGUUUUAGAUAUAAUAAAUAAUUUAACUGAGUCUGUAGACAUAUUAUAUGAAAAGGCUCAGUUGACCAUAUAA